AUGAUUAACGAGUCGGCAUCUCCGGAUUUGAGGCACGAGCUGGAGCAUGAGAAAACCGAGUCACCGAAACCGAAUGAGCAUGUUGUUUUCGAUGAUAAACUCAAUGAAGUUCACGAAAUCGGAAGUGACAUUGAUAUUGUGGUCGAGCCUCAGAGGCACGAGCUGGAGCAUGAGAAAACCGAGUCACCGAAACCGAAUGAGCAUGUUGUUUUCGAUGAUAAACUCAAUGAAGUUCACGAAAUCGGAAGUGACAUUGAUAUUGUGGUCGAGCCUCAGGUCACUGUUGUCCAUUUCUUAUAA